AUGUUUUUAGAUAAAAUUUUAGAAGAUGUUGUUGAAGAAAUAGAAAAAUUAAAGAUUCUAACUAAAGAACAAAUUAGAACAUGUUUAACAAUUACUAAUGUUUCAGGGAAACCUCAUUGUACUUUAUUUUUACCUAAAUUAGAAUUACAAAAUUUAGAUAUAAAUGAUUUAUAUAGUCACUUUAAGACAGCAAAGUUUUUGCUAAUUAAAGAUUUUACUACUUUUAAGUCAUCAAUAUCUUUUAAUAUCAAUUUAAUUCCAUACAGUUACGAAAUUUUAACAACCAUUUUAGAAAAAGGAGAAGACUUUGGUAGGAAUAAUAUAGGAAAUGGUGAAACUGUUGUAAUUGAUUACAGUAGUCCAAAUAUUGCGAAAAUCUUUCAUAUGGGACACUUUCGAACUACAAUUUUAGGAAAUUUUGUAAAAAAAAUUCAUGCAUUUUGUGGUUACAAGGCUGUUGGUAUUAAUUAUCUCGGUGACUGGGGUAAACAAUUUGGUCUUGUAUUACUCGGAUCACAAAGAUUUAGUAACCCCGAGGAACUAAAAACAGAUCCGAUUAAAUAUUUAUUUAAUGUCUAUGUUCAAAUAAGUCAGGCCAAAGCUACAGAUCCUAGUGUUGACGUGGAGGCUAAAAAAAUAUUUGAAAAAAUGGAGAAGGGUACUGAUAGCUCUUUGUUAGACAAAUGGUCGCAUUUCCGAGAAUUAAGCAUUAACAAAUACAAAGAGUUAUACAGCAAAUUGGGUGUUGAAUUUGAAGAAUAUUCUGGAGAAAGUUUUUAUGAAAAAACUUGCCAAGAUGAUAUUAAAAAAUGCAAUUUUUUAAUUAAAAAUUCGGAUGGGUCAGUUUGUCUUGAUUUAGGCAAAGAAAAAAAUCCUUUAGUUAUAAAAUCGGAUGGUACAUCUCUUUAUCUAACUAGAGAUUUUUCUGCUGCUAAAGAUCGAAUUGCUCGUUAUAACCCCAAAAAAUUAAUUUAUGUUGUUUCAAGCGAACAGAAAGAACAUUUUGAAGAUUUAUUUGCUACUUUACGUAAAGCGGAGAUUUUUGAUAAUUUAGAACAUGUACAAUAUGGAAUGGUUAGUGGAAUGUCUACACGUAAAGGUACAGUUAAAUUUUUAGAAGACAUAAUUGAUAUAGCAACAGAUGUGAUGAUGAAACAGAUUGAUGCUAAUCCUGAAAAAAAGGCACAAAUUAAAGAUGUAUCUGCUACUGCUCUAAAUCUGGCUGUAUCAACGCUAAUUAUUAUGGAUUUCUCAGCCAAAAGAAUUAAAGGGUAUAAGUUUGAUGUCGAAAAAAGAGCAAUGAAUACUAAAGGAACAGGCAUUUACAUUCAAUAUGCACAUUGUAGAUUGAAAAGUAUUGAAGAUAUGAAUAAGGAUAUUGAUUUGAAUAAGGAUAUUAAGAUUGAUAGUAAAUGUUUAGAACAAGAAGAAAUUUUAAAUCUUCUGUAUCAGUUUAUUUGGUUCGAAAAAGUUGUUAUAAGCAGCUUUAAAGACAAUGAGCCUAAUAAGCUUUUUACAUAUGUAUCGAAUUUGUGUUGGCUUACUAACUCAUAUAAUAGUUCGUUAAAAGUAAAAGGAGAAGAACCUUCUGUAGCCAAAACUAGAUUACAAGUUUUAAAAUGUGCUCGUUUAAUUAUUGGGACUACACUAAAAUUAUUUGGCCUUACUCCUCUAAACAAAAUGUAA